CGCGCCGGCCGCGCAAAGGGGACUUCCGGGGAGAGGAGUGGCCGCGCGGCGAUGGCGGCGGCGCCGGCUCUCAAGCACUGGCGCACCACGCUGGAACGGGUGGAGAAGUUCGUGUCGCCUCUCUACUUUACCGACUGUAACCUCCGCGGCAGACUCUACAGGGACAGCUGUCCCGUGGCAGCACUCUCCAGCUUCCUGACGCCUGAGAGGCUUCCCUACCAGCAGGCUGUCCAGCAGGACUUCCGCCCGGCGCAGGUCGGCGACCGCUUCGGACCCACGUGGUGGACCUCUUGGUUCCGGGUGGAACUGACCAUUCCGGAGGCAUGGGUGGGUCAGGAAGUUCACCUUCGCUGGGAAAGUAAUGGAGAAGGCCUGGUAUGGCGUGAUGGAGAACCUGUCCAGGGUUUGACCACGGAAGGGGAGAAGACCAGCUAUGUCCUGACUGACAGGCUUGGGGAAGGAGACCCCCGGAACCUGACCCUCUAUGUGGAAGUAGCCUGCAAUGGGCUCCUGGGGGCCGGGAAGGGGAGCAUGAUUGCAGCCCCUGACCCUGAGAAGAUGUUCCAGGUGAGCCGGGCUGAGCUGGCUGUGUUCCACCGGGAUGUGUACAAGCUCCUGGUGGAUCUGGAGCUGCUGCUGGGCAUUGCCAAGGGCCUCGGGGAGGACAACCAACGCAGCUUCCAGGCCCUGUACACAGCCAACCAGAUGGUGAAUAUGUGUGACCCCGCCCAGCCUGAGACCUUCCCAGUGGCCCAGGCCCUGGCCUCCAGGUUCUUUGGCCAGCGUGGAGGUGAAAGCCAACACACCAUCCAUGCCAUAGGGCACUGCCACAUUGAUACAGCCUGGCUGUGGCCCUUCAAGGAGACUGUGCGGAAAUGUGCCCGGAGCUGGGUGACAGCUGUGCAGCUCAUGGAGCGGAACCCUUCCUUCAUCUUCGCCUGCUCCCAGGCGCAGCAGCUUGAGUGGGUGAAGAACCACUACCCUGGCCUCUAUACCCGGCUGCAGGAGUGCGCUUGCCGCGGGCAGUUUGUGCCCGUGGGGGGCACCUGGGUGGAGAUGGAUGGGAACCUUCCCAGUGGAGAGGCCAUGGUGAGGCAGUUCCUGCAGGGCCAGAGCUUCUUUCUGCAGGAGUUUGGGAAGAUGUGCUCCGAGUUCUGGCUGCCAGACACAUUCGGCUACUCAGCACAGCUCCCCCAGAUCAUGCGUGGCUGUGGCAUCAGACGCUUCCUGACCCAGAAGUUGAGCUGGAACCUGGUGAAUACCUUUCCGCACCACACCUUUCUCUGGGAGGGGCUGGAUGGCUCCCGUGUGCUGGCCCACUUCCCACCUGGUGACUCAUAUGGGAUGCAGGGCAGCGUGGAGGAGGUGCUGAAGACGGUGACCAACAACCGGGACAAGGGACGGACCAACCACAGUGCCUUCCUGUUUGGCUUCGGGGAUGGGGGUGGUGGCCCCACGCAGACCAUGCUGGACCGCUUGAAGCGGCUGUGCAAUACGGACGGGCUGCCCAGGGUACAGCUGUCUUCUCCGGAGCGGCUCUUCUCAGAGCUGGAGAGUGAUCAGGGCCAGCUGUGCACAUGGGUCGGGGAGCUCUUCUUGGAACUGCACAAUGGCACCUACACCACCCACGCCCAGAUCAAGAAGGGCAACCGAGAGUGUGAGCGGAUCCUGCACGACGCAGAACUGCUCAGCAGCCUGGCCCUGGUCCGGUGCACCCAGUUCCUGUACCCAGCAGUCCAGCUGCAGUACCUUUGGAGGCUUCUGCUCCUGAACCAGUUCCAUGACGUGGUGCCUGGAAGCUGCAUCCAGGCGGUGGUGGAGGAUGCCAUGAGCCACUACGAAGACAUCCGUUCCCAUGGCAAUGGACUGCUCAGUGCGGCAGCCGCGGCCCUGUGUGCUGGAGAGCCAGGUCCCGAGGGCCUCCUUAUUGUCAACACGCUACCCUGGAAGCGCACGGAAGUGUUGGCCCUACCCAGGCCUGGCGGGGCCCACACCCUAGCGCUGGUGACAGUGCCCAGCAUGGGCUAUGCUCCUGCUCCUGCCCCCACUUCCCAGCAGCCCCUGCUGCCCCAGCAGCCUGUGUUCGUAGUGCAAGAGACUGAUGGUUCCGUGACUCUGGACAACGGCAUCCUCCGAGUGAGGCUGGACCCGACUGGCCGCCUGACGUCCCUGGUCUUGGUAGCCUCUGGCAGGGAGGCCAUUGCUGAGGGUGCCACAGGGAACCAGUUUGUGCUAUUUGACGACGUUCCCCUGUACUGGGAUGCGUGGGAUGUCAUGGACUACCACCUAGAGACACGGAAGCCAGUGCUGGGCCAGCCAGGGACCCUGGCAGUGGGAACUGAGGGUGGCCUGCGGGGCAGUGCCUGGUUCUUGCUGCAGCUCAGCCCCAACAGCCGGCUCAGCCAGGAGGUGGUGCUGGAUGUUGGGUGCCCCUAUGUCCGCUUCCACACCGAGGUACACUGGCAGGAGACCCACAAGUUCCUGAAGGUGGAGUUCCCUGCCCGUGUUCGGAGCCCCCAGGCCACCUAUGAGAUCCAGUUUGGGCACCUGCAGCGGCCCACCCACUACAACACCUCUUGGGACUGGGCUCGCUUUGAGGUGUGGGCCCACCGCUGGAUGGAUCUGUCAGAGUGUGGCUUUGGGCUGGCCCUGCUCAAUGACUGCAAGUACGGUGCCUCCGUGCAUGGCAACGUCCUCAGUCUCUCGCUCUUGAGAGCUCCUAAGGCCCCCGAUGCCACUGCUGAUAUGGGGCGCCACGAGUUCACCUACGCUUUGAUGCCGCACAAGGUAGGGAAAGCCUCAGCAUCACACCUCCCUGCCCCUUUAGGGGCGUGGGAGGGAAGCCACCAUUUUACGGUCCACACCCCAGGCUCCUUCCAGGAUGCUGGCGUCAUCCGUGCUGCCUACAGCCUCAACUUCCCCCUGCUGGCACUGCCCGCCCCUGGGCCGGCGCCCGCGGCCUCCUGGAGCGCCUUCUCCCUGUCCACGCCGGCUGUGGUGCUGGAGACAGUCAAGCAGGCUGAAGCCAACCCCCUGAGCCGCACCCUGGUCCUGAGGUUGUAUGAGGCCCACGGCAGCCACGUUGACUGCUGGCUGCACACGUCGCUGCCGGUUCAGGAGGCUGUACUCUGCGACCUCCUGGAGAAGCGCGACCCAGCUGGCCACCUGCCCCUGCGCGACAACCGCCUGAAGCUCACCUUUUCUCCCUUCCAAGUGCGGUCCCUGCUGCUUGUGCUGCAGCCCCCACUGGACUGAGCCCCUGGCGGCUUUGAUUGUAGAAGGGUUUGGAAGCUCCUGGUUUCUGCCUCCCAGCCCCCCUCUGCCCCCCAGCCAAUGUACAAUAAAUCUUCGGAUUAUGA